AUGCGUUCACGAACUGGAUGCCUCACAUGCCGCCAGCGGAAGCUCAAGUGUGAUGAGAAGAAGCCUGUGUGUGGACAAUGCAUCAAGGCUUCGAGAGAGUGCAUUCCAAGUUCAGGGAUAGUUUUCCGUCAUCAACACAAUGCCUCCAUGAAUGGCGAAGACUCAGGGGACGAGAACUCCUUGAAGGGUUUCUACUCUUAUAAAAACACAUUCGAAGACGACGCUAUCUGGCUGGACAUCCCACGUAAUGUCACCUUCAUCAAUACAACAAACCCUUACCUCGACCCCGUGACACCAGACCUCGAGACUAUGUCUGUCACAUCAAUGGACUCGCCUGCUCCUUUCCAGCCUCGGUCCAUCAACACAUGGCCCACUUCUGGAAAUACACACUCUCUGACCAGUACACCAUCCAGCAUGGGACCCGAUCUGGCACCCACAAGUGCACCCAUGUGCUACACUCCAGAACUCGAUGCGUUGCCGCCUCUGAUGCAGUCGCCUCUUACGUCGACGGUCAACACUCCUGUCUCGCCACCAGCUUCGUUAUAUGAUCGACGCAUUCAUCCCAUCGUAGACUGGACCGGUGCUAUGACACCACCUCCAAUCGAUCCUAGACUUACGUCGCCCUUUGAUACUACCACAGAGUAUAUGCCUCGACAAUACUCCAUCUCUAGUUCGCGAAGGUCACCACCCCGCUCUGAUUGUGAUUCAUUCACUUCAAAAGAUCAUGAGGUCGCAUUUUUAUUACGAUACUUCUCUGAGGGGCCAGGGCGCUGGUUAGACCUCUUCGACAGAGACACAUACUUUGCAUCUUAUGUACCAGUACAAGCACGUGAGAACGCCUUACUCAAGAACGCUGCCGUCGCGUGUGCUGCAAAGACUCUUGCGCAAGUCAAGGGCUGCAAGCCUGCAGGGUCUAGGUCUCAACCGAGGAUGGAAGUCUACCCUGGUUCGUCAUCGGUCGACUGGAAGCACAAGGCCGCCAUAUACUAUGACAACGCCGUAUCUCUUCUGCUCCAGGCCUUGAAGUCGGAUACUACCAUCACGCCGGACGACUCAGACUGCGAGCUUCGCCAGCACAAUGGCGAUGUCGUUCACCCAGCUAAACGACGCCGAACAUCAAGCAACGCCUCCUGCGCGUCUAGCACGGACGAACUGUUAGCGGCAUCAGCCAUUCUUUGCGUGUACGAAUUCCUUGACACGUCAAUGUCGGAAUGGGCGAAACACCUCAGUGGGGCCAAUAGUCUCCUCCUGCAUUCACAAGAGCGCACGGUAUCUUGCCAUGUGCAAUCACCAAAUUCUCCCAUGUCACCAUCCAGUAUCAACUUCAUCUCCAAGGCCCGUCGAUCGACAUUUUGGAAUAUCGCACGACAAGACAUGUUUGCAGCUUUCAUCAAUAAGACUCGCACGCACCUCGAUACCGAAGACCUUUCAUUAUGGAAAGAAGCCGGCCUACUGAUCGAUGACCAGGGUUUCUUGGCCCCCAUUAGCAUCACCGAAAACGGCUACUCAGAUGAUGGUGCUAUCUCCAACGCUCUUAUCUGGCUUAUGUCGAAGCUGAUCAAUUUCAUGGCGGCUGGAGAUGAGCUCCCCGCAGAUACGGGAAUGGGCUGGGUUGGUAUUCCUCAGUCGACUCUUUCAGAUUAUUGGUACCACCUGCGCAAGCAGUUUCAGGCAUGGUACGACGGCCUUCCCAUGACUUUCAAACCUUCAGCUCGAGUCGAGCCAACUCUAGCACCUGGACGUCUUCUUCGAGGAGAGAAUGAGGCCAUGUUCCCAGAAGUUUGGUACAACAUCCCCAUGUGCGCUUCAACAAUGCAGACCUACCACAUGAGCCAGAUUCUGCUGUUUAUGAACAAGCCGUACGAAUCCACUCAAGGUCGCAGCACCGUCUGUGCUCGUCUCAACUCCUACCAAUCCGUCCUCGCCGCUUGCCAGAAGCACAGCCGCGAAAUUGUCGGCAUCUCCCUGGCUCAGUCUGAUGAUGCAGUCCGCAUUUUCUCUGUUCAAGCAUUGUUUACUGCCGGACAAUGCCUUGGUGACGCUCGAGAGCGUCAAGUUGUCCUCGACCUCAUUCGCGAAAUUGAAGCCGACCUCGGCUACUCAACCGAAUACCGUGCGCGCCAGCUUACAGGGCAAUGGCAGUGGGAGGCUCAUCAGGACGUCUUUGCUUCAUGA